UUUCACACCUAGGGUUCCUCUCACCUCCCUCAGCAGCUGAAAUUCACAACAUCAGAUUCCUGUGACCGGAUUAAAGAUGAGUUCCAGCUGCUUCAAGCUCAAUACCACAGUCUGAAGUUGGAGUGUGACAAACUUGCCAGCGAGAAGUCAGAAAUGCAGCGCCAUUACGUGAUGUAUUAUGAGAUGUCUUACGGACUCAAUAUUGAAAUGCACAAACAGGCUGAAAUUGUGAAGCGGUUAAAUGGAAUUUGCGCCCAGGUCUUGCCGUACCUUUCUCAAGAGCACCAACAACAGGUCCUCGGAGCCAUCGAGCGAGCUAAGCAAGUGACGGCCCCAGAGCUGAACUCCAUCAUUCGGCAGCAGCUUCAGGCUCACCAGCUCUCGCAGCUGCAAGCCCUGGCCCUGCCCUUGACCCCAUUGCCGGUGGGGUUGCAGCCCCCCUCCCUGCCUGCCGUCAGCGCCAGCACCGGGCUCCUCUCCCUCUCCGCCUUGGGCUCGCAAGCCCACCUCGCCAAGGAAGACAAGAACGGCCACGACGGAGACGCUCACCAGGACGACGACGGGGAGAAGUCGGAUUAGAACGGUUCCUGUGGGGAUCGUGGGGGGGGGGUUGUUGGGGAUGGAGGUGGGGCAGAGGGAUUGGUUUUUUAAAACGCAGCAUUUCUUCCGAUUCACGCUUCGUGGAACGGCAGCGGUUGUCCAGCGGAGUGGUGAGGGGACAGAAACGAGAUGGGUCGGGUGCAUCUGUGUCCCCCCUGCUUUGUGGGGGGCCUCGUCUCUUCUCCCCUCCCCACCCCCGCUGUUGCAGCAAUAAGGUCAAGGCGCCUCUCUCCCCCAUGACGCUCGUCCCGCUUGCAUGAGCGAUACCCUCCAAAAUCAUUGCGUUACGCUGCGUCGUGUGUCUGUGUGCAUUUUCGGGGAGGUUGGACAAGGGAGAGGACGAGCGCUGGGCUUAACCUCUUCUCCUCUUCCGUCUACCCGCCCAGCCACCCACCCACCCCCCAAACUCGAAAACCGGCCUUCCUGCGAUGUUCAGACUAAGAGCCAACAGCCCCCACAAACCCGAGUCCCCAGCCGAACGCUCGCAUCCCCUCUCGUGUGCUUGUGGUCCACUCUGUUGUUUCGGUCUUUGUGUUAAAGCACUAACUCUUAGGGAGGGGGCUGACCCUGAACUGAGUUUUUGGGUGUUUUAUGGCAACCCACAUGGCGGGACGUUUCCCACCCACCCCCCUGCCCAUACAGCACUGUGCAGAAAGGGAAGGGGUCAGUGGGGGGUACGUCAUGUGCUGAGGCCCUAAGCAUCAAAGAGAGCAGUGUUUGGAAACUUUAGGGCAUCAGGAUGAUGCGUUCCCCUUGAUGCCGUUUUAAGUCUGUGGCCUUUGGCUUUACGCAGAUUAAUUCGCUGGUUGAUUUGUUAACUGUUUCGUGAAAAUGUUCAUCCGGCCUAGAUAUUCUGAACAGUUCCCAACGCAUCAAGUGCAAGAAGGGUUAAACUCGUCUUUGCAAUCCACACAGUUUUACCCUGUUGUCGGGUCUUUUAGCCAGUUAGCGACAGGCAUUAAUCCCAAACAAAUUAUUUCCAAACACUGUGAGGGGGUCACUCAGUUUAUAUCUGAUUCGCUCCCGCCCCACCCCCUGCUCAUUUCUUUUGUAGCAGCUAAAUGGAUUUUCAGGGGACCAGUAAAACACACACACACAACACACACACACACACACACACACACACAAAGUAGUCCCGCAAGCUGGUUGUGUUCUGUGAUGUAACAGUUACUUCAGUAGUUGUGUUUGAUUAGUGUCUGGCCAGGCCCCACGGCAGAGAGGAGGACUGAACUGGCCAAGCAUGGAGGUCUGUUACUUUGCCCUGCACCCACCCCCGUAAUUUCAGGCAUGGGGAAGGCCUUUCUUAGACUCCCGUGUCAUAUCGUUGAGGGAUGAUGGGCAUUGGAGUCCAAGAAUGUGGCAGCAAGCGCCACAACCCCUGCUUACGUUCAUUCAGGUGGGUGAGGAUAAAGCCCCCACCCUGUUGAACCUGCCGCAUUUCACAAGAUGCACCACAAGAAU